AACACAUCUCUUUCGUGAAAUAAAACACAAAAAAAAAAUAUGAAAAAUUGAACAAAAAUUCUAAAUUCGUAGCCAAGGACUAACUUCAACGUAUUUCUUCAGCAGAAAAAAGAUUCCAGCCGUACCUUUUGAGCCCCACCUGCAGAUUUUAGAAGUGAUUCAAGUGUCCUUGACCAAAUCCAAACUUUCAAGAUGGUUCUGAUGCUUUGCUGCAGCUUCGAUCCCUUCUACGUUGGACCCUGCCCACCCGGCUGCCUGGCUCCCUUGAUGGGAGGAACUCCCUAUUGCGGAUGUGGUCCCUGUGGAGGUUGCUGUAGUCCUUGCUGUGGUCCUUGUGGUCCUUGUGGUGGAUGCAGCUCGUGUCCUUGCGGUUGGUGAAGCGCCCACUGAAGAUUAUGGACUUCAACCGCUAUCAUAGGCAUUGAUACGGCAGCAAGCGG